CUGGAGGAGGAGAGCGCACACAAGUCGUGCUGGGGAUACGGAGGGUUUUUGCGAAAGAGCAGGGGGGAAAAAAAAACACACACAUACAACUCUAGGAGAAGCGGUACGGCGGGGUAAUAUUCUUUCGAUUCUUUCAAAGGAGCUGCGUUCAGCCUGCUAUGAAUGGUGACUCCGGCGCUGGGGUGGUCACUUCCCCACCCCCGACCACAGCCCCUCACAAGGAGCGCUACUUUGACCGAGUCGACGAAAGCAGUCCCGAGUACCAGAGAGAGAGGAACAUGGCGCCUGACCUACGCCAGGACUUCAAUAUGAUGGAGCAGAGGAAGAGGGUCUCUAUGAUUCUGCAGAGUCCGGCCUUCUGUGAGGAGCUGGAGACAAUGAUCCAAGACCAGCUGAAGAAGGGCAAGAACCCUACAAGCUUGCUAGCCUUGCAGCAGAUUGCAGACUUCAUGAAUACUAGCAUGCCCAGCAUUUAUCCAGCCACUCCACAGGGUGGGAUGGCAGCCCUCAAUAUGAGUUUAGGGAUGGUGACUCCAGUCAAUGACCUGCGGGGCUCCGACUCCAUUGCUUACGAGAAGGGCGAGAAGCUGCUUCGUUGUAAGCUGGCUGCCUUCUACCGCCUCACUGACCUGUUUGGGUGGUCUCAACUGAUUUACAACCACUUAACGGUCAGGCUGAAUUCAGAGCAAGAGCGUUUCCUGAUUGUGCCAUUUGGGCUUCUGUACAGUGAAGUCACUGCCUCUAACCUGGUUAAAAUAAACCUGCAAGGGGAAAUUGUUGACCGUGGGAGCACUAACCUGGGUGUUAAUCAAGCAGGAUUCACCUUGCACUCUGCCAUCUACUCCGCCCGGCCCGACAUCAAGUGUGUCGUACACAUCCACACACCUGCUGGGGCCGCGGUGUCAGCCAUGAAGUGCGGCCUGUUGCCCAUCUCCCCAGAAGCUCUUGCCCUGGGGGAGGUGGCCUAUCAUGAUUACCAUGGGAUCCUGGUCAAUGAGGAGGAGAAUGUGCUAAUACAGAAAAAUCUAGGACCUAAGAGCAAGGUUCUUAUCUUGAGAAAUCAUGGCCUGGUGUCAGUUGGAGAAACAGUAGAAGAAGCUUUUUAUUACAUUCACAACCUGGUCAGAGCUUGUGAGAUACAGGUGCGCACUCUGGCCAGCGCAGGAGGGCCCGAUAACCUGGUAAUGCUGGACCCUGGGAAGUACAAAGCCAAGCCCCACUUCUCUGAGUCUGCCUCCGACACGAAUGCCUCUCAUCCUAAGUGGCAGGUUGGAGAACAGGAGUUUGAGGCACUCAUGAGAAUGUUGGAUAACCUGGGGUACAGAACUGGCUACCCUUACCGGUGCCCUUCUCUGCGUGACAAAACAAAAAAAUACAGUGAUGUAGAGAUCCCUCCCUCUGCAAUGGGUUACUCCUUUGCAGAGGACAGUGACUCAGGUGCUCGCUCCCCUCUCAAGCACAGCUUUCAGAGGCAGCAGCGAGAGAAGACAAGGUGGCUGAACUCGGGCCGGGGGGAUGAUACCUCUGAAGAAGGCCCCAAUGACGGUAGCCCCAAGUCGAAGACUAAGUGGACUAAAGAAGAAGGACUCCGACAGGCGGUUGCUGCCAAUCAGUUUGUCCCACUGAACACUAACCCCAAAGAGGUCCAGGAGAUGAGAAACAAGAUCCGUGAACAGAAUUUGCAAGACAUCAAAACCGCAGGACCUCAGUCCCAGGUUUUGACUGGAGCCGUUGUUGAUCGCAGCUACGUCCAGAGAGUUACAAUCUGGCAGGAUGCUCCCCUCUCUGACUGUACGGAAACUAUUGACGGGCUCGAUCACACAGAGCAGGCAAAUAGCCCUGCUAAGUCUAUUAGAAAGGGAGAACUGGUGACGGCCUCUAAAGCCAUCAUUGAGAAGGAGUACCAGCCACGAGUGAUAAUGAGCACCACUGGACCAAACCCAUUCAACAAGCUGACUGACCAGGAGUUGGAAGAGUACCGCAAGGAGGUGGAGCGCAAACAGAAAGGCCCUGAAGUACAGGGGGAAGAGGCCCAAGCUACAGAAUGCACUAGCCAGCAAGAACUGCCCUCCUCAAACCUCCCAGUCGGGUCUGAGGUGCCUCUUGAUAUUGAAAAGAGAGAAGAGUUUCCCGUCUUUCACCCACCAAGCCUGAGCCAGGAUCCUGGGCUGGAGGGGUUGGCGCUAGGCCCUGGGGCUGCCAAGACACCUGCAGUAGAGGAAAUGGACUCGGUGGAAUCACCGCACAGGGAAUUUCACUUUGCGGUCCUCAGAGCCCUCAGCUCGAACACUGACCUUUUGAAUGAGGCUUCAGACCAGUCACAGCAGGAGGCUGUGGAGGAAGUGAAAGAUCAGAGCCCUGCUGUUUGCACCCCAACCCGCACUCCUCCAAGCACUCCUAUCAGGGCAGAGGAAGAGUCUCAGCAGGAUCAGACAUAUAAGGACGAGAGUGAUGCGGCCACCUUGAGACAGACCCUCCCAGACCUGACCCCAGACGAGCCCUCCGAAGCCCCAGCCUUUCCUCCUGCCAGUGUGGGGGAGAGCGCCGCCGCCCAACCUGAAAGCGAGCCCCAGAGCCAGGCUGAGAAGCCCCCACCACAGCCUGAGGUCCCCGAGAGCCGGCCCACCCCGGCCGACCCAGAAGUCGCCCUCACCCCCGAUGAUCCCGCCGCCGCCUCCGCUGACCUGGGCAGCGACGAAUCCCCGAGCAAGUCCCCCUCCAAGGAAGAAGAAAUUCCGCACGCCUUCCUUCCUCAAGAAAAACAAGAAAAAAUCGGAGCCCUAAGGCCUGUCUUCUGCGCAGCCGAUUAUACCCUUUCUCUGAGUUUUGUUUGUUUAGGCUAGUGUUCACCUCCAAUAUGCACCAGAAUGAUGGGUGAAGUUGCUUAUAGUUGGAUGCAUUGGAACUGUGCUUUUAGGGGUGAUUGAGUUCAAAAAGUACCAUGAAGUGCAGCAUGUGGCUUGUUACACUUGUCAUUUUUGGUGCGCAUCUGACGUGAGCAUUAGUGUUUUACUUUUAUAUUACUAAACGCAAUUAACCACUAGAAUGUAUUGGGACUGUAUCAGUACUAUCUUUUAGAGUAAGGAAUGCAACAAAAACAAGAAGAAACUGCUUUUCAUUGUGUUUAAUUGACGUCACCAUAAUUGAAAAAGCAAAAUAAUAGGGUGCUAAUCAUCUACGUCUCAUAGUGUUUCAUUGUGGGCUGUCCAUUAUGGCGCUGUGGAGAAAAGCCUGGCAUUCAACUAUUUCUAUUGUUCCAUAUUGAAACACAGGAUAGCAUGGCUAAGCUGCCUUCAGAAACAUGUAGAAUAUUUUCCUUCUGUGUUUACAUACUCCGAAUGUUUCUUUUAUGUCUCACUUAAAUAACCUCUAUCUUAUUAUUUUUGAUCUGAAUGACUUUUAUACAUUUUUGAGAAUUCAUAAAAUGUUCGAUGAGCAAGUCCAAAAUGGCUCUAAAACAGAACUCGGCCAGAAAUACUUACAUUAUUGCUGUCCUUGAGAAUGAGCUAAAAGGUUGGUAGUAAGUGUUUCUUGUUCUUCUGGCCGAACUGUUUUUCAUUACCUGUACAGAAAUAUAAGAGAAAAUGCCUCAAAUAAUCCAGAACUCAUAUUACUUGCUUAAAAUGUUGCUGGCUUCGAAAGUUUGGAAAUCUGGAGAACUAGUCUCAUUUUGCACUGUUUCUCUUUUUAUUCUGGGACAUUUGCUCUUCCACUUUAAGAUAGUAAGUUAUAGGAGAGAAAAAUGUAAAAGUGCUUUUGAAAUGUGUAAACAAACUUUAGAAGAAGAAAAAAUAAUGGUUUCUCUGAGAGUGGAGUGUGAAUUUAUUUAGACCUUACUCCUGCUGUGAGAGCUCUGCAGCUUCUAAUACAAUCCAUUUAAAAAUAGAACCAGCUCUGCGUCCAACCAGGUAGUCUGCCUGCUGCAAGGUCUUUCUAGUGCUCCAUUAAUGAGUACAACUACAGUACUGCUUUGCCUUGUGACAGGCUGGUUAAUUAGAUUCAGAUGCUUUCUUGCUGAGCCUAGUCUGUACUGGCCAGUAUUAAGAACAAAAGCCUCAAUUAUAAAAAGUCAAACAAUGUUGCCAAGUACACACAUGACAUCAGUGUCCUGCUUACAUCAAGGUGUUUGACUUUGACCUUUGCAUGUAAUGGGAGGCAGUACAGAACAGAACCAUAUUUGAACUCCAGUGCAGUUCAGUGACUCUUCUUGCCACUUCAGUUAACCAGCUUGGACCUCUCAGAUGUUCCUGAAAAGCAGUUGGCAUUGGCACGAUACAAAAAGGAAAGGAAUAUGAGGAUUUGUCUUAAAAUCAACCUGGAAUAAAUCAAAGAUUUGCAACACUCACCACUCCCAGAUUUGAUGGCAAGUGUUUUCUGAAUUUAAUUACCAGCAGCUGACAAAAGCAUACACAGAUUGAUUUUAAAUUCUAUUGCCCUAGACACUGUUAAGAUGUUGGCUGUUAAGUAUAAGUAGUGGUGCCUUCUAGUAUAUGUGGAGAUGAUUUCAGUGACUUCAGUAAGAUAAUGUACAUCUAAUCACUUUUGGAGACCACAGAGUGGAUGGUUUGGGGUAAAAAUUUUGAACAAUUUUGAAGAAAAAUGCAGCAAACCUUACAAAAACCAUGACCACACUGUCCCUUUUGCACUAAUAAAAUAUAACCUAGCCAGAUUUCUUUCAAGUAAUAUUUUAAUGGAAAAUUGUGUUUUACAUUAAUGAAACUAGUUGUAAUUGAAGGUAAUCUGUUUCGGCCAAAUCAGAGUUUUUGAAAAAAUUAAAACGCUUCAAUGUAUUCACGUUACUCAUUUGUUACUAUCUGGAGGCCGCAAGAUCUGAAUGAAAAUACUCAUUGUACAUGAUUUUAGUACUUUUAAUUUAGAAUAGGUAUUUCCGUCCUCAACAAGCAUGGCUGUAAUGACACAAUAAAUGCAUCCUGGAGCAAAGAAGCCGAUUGUGGUUGUCGGCAAACUGCAUCAGCUACAAAGAAAAGCAUCAUGCAAACUCGUGGCUCAAAAUAAUACAAGAAUCUGCGUAUCUUUGUUUAUAGAAUAAGUAAACAAACUUCUUUUGUUUUUUUUAGGAAUUUGCUGGGUUGGGAGUAUGCAUCAAAAAUGCGAUGUAAAUUUCCUGUGUCUUUUUAGUUGUAUUGUUCAGCAGUUUAUUCAGUUUUAUAUAUGCAGUUCUUGGCUUUGGAAGGACAAAAUAUUUCCUUGCUCUCUCAGGCAGUGUCUGUCAUCGUACUGGCGAUGGGGAAUGAUGCUUUGGGAAGUAAGGAAAUGAGUGACACUACCAAAAGAAAAAGACACCAGUGUAUUGUACUGCAAAAUUAAAUAGUGCUUCCAAAGCAAAAUUAAUUCUUUUAAAGUGUGUUUGUUAUGAAAACACUCUGGAUUCCAUUUUAUCCAGCAUCAAAAUUUGAUGUUUUUUUAAUCAGAAAAGGGAAUAUUCCAGUACUUCUUCCAUUUCUUAGGAUAAGGCAGAGGUAAUAUUCUUGUUAGACCAUGCUUCAUGGUUCUCACGGGAUGUCUUGAACUACUUCACCUGGAUUUUGCUUCUUGUCUCAGAAUCAUUUUUUUUUGGAAAGGUGACUUUUAGAAAUCAUGUGAAGAUAUUUUAAAAUCUCUGUCAGACACAAAGGGGAGGUCAAUGUUAAAAAAAAACAAUCAUUCAUGUGGAAAUAAGAAUGUGGACAGUUUGACACUGGACCAAUGCUGAUUACAUUUGACCAGACAAUUUGUGAAUCUUGCAAUUACAAACCACUAUAAAACUGCUAUUUUGUGCAAAAAGUUUCUUGGAGGACUGCAUGGCAUUAAUGGCUUUCAGCUUGUAUACUUUGUUCUUUGUACAUUAAGACUCUGUCACUUUCUUUUGCUAUUUUGUGUUUUAUUGACAGAUUUAUGUAAUAACAGUACUAAGCCAUCAGACACAUUUCAGUAAUCAUCUAGUGUCAAGUUCUGUAUUAUAUAUGUAUCGAUUUUAAAGCUCUAAUUUGUACUCACAUUAAAUUCUUUUUAAAGUCAUUGGUAUGUUCUUCUGUGCAUUUGUGGAGGACAUAUGCUUUCCUAUUUUCAUGGUACUGUUUUGUUUCAUCCAUGAAUAAAUUCUUUUCCUUUAAAAAAA